CCUGAGGGGCUACCGACCAGUCCAGUCCAGUCGUCUCCCCCAUCUCCGCUCCACCCCAAUUUUCGACCCGUCUCGCCCCUUUGCCCCCCGGUCUCCCCGCCGCCUGCGCGAGGCGAUCGCCGGCGCAGGAUGGCGGCGGCUGCUGCAGCGGCGCCGGUGGGCGCAGCGCCCAGGGUGGGGCUGCUGUACGACGAUAGGAUGUGCGCGCACGCCACGCCUGACGGGGAGAAGCACCCGGAGAACCCCGAGCGGCUGCGCGCGAUCCGGCGCAAGCUCGACGCCGAGGGCGUCGCGUCCAGGUGCGUGGACAUGAAGGCAAAGGAGGCCAAGGAAAAAUAUAUAGCCUCUGUCCAUACCCCAAAUCAUAUAAAACUGAUAAGGGAUAUCAGCUCGAAGGAGUAUGAUUACCGUCGAAACAAGACUGCUAGGAAAUUCAAUUCCAUUUACUUCAACGAGGGCUCCUCAGAGUCUGCUUUCCUUGCAGCUGGUUCUGUCAUCGAGGUUGCUGAGAAGGUUGCGUCUGGUGAGUUGAGUUCUGCUAUCGCUCUAGUCAGACCUCCAGGCCACCAUGCUGAACAUAAUGAGCCAAUGGGAUUUUGUCUCUUCAACAACGUGGCUAUUGCUGCAAAUUAUCUCUUAAAUGAGAGGCCUGACCUAGGUAUCAACAAGAUAUUAAUCGUCGAUUGGGAUGUUCAUCAUGGAAAUGGCACACAGAAGAUGUUUUAUAGUGACCCUCGUGUAUUGUUCUUUUCAGUGCACAGAUUUGAUUACGGAAGCUUCUACCCUUGUGAAGGGGAUGCAUCUCACUGUUUCAUUGGGGAAGGAGCUGGUGAAGGGUACAACAUUAAUGUGCCCUGGGAGCAUGGUAAAUGUAGUGAUGCAGAUUAUGUUGCUGCAUGGGACCAUGUACUGCUUCCUAUUGCAGAAGCAUUUGAUCCUGAUAUAAUAUUACUGUCUGCUGGGUUUGACGCAGCAAUGGGUGAUCCUCUUGGUGGUUGCUGCAUCACUCCAGAUGGAUAUGCACUGCUACUAACAAAGCUGUUAGGUUUUGCAAAAGGAAGGAUUGUGAUGGCUCUUGAAGGAGGUUAUAACCUCAAGUCCAUAGCAAACUCAGUUUGUGCUUGCACAAAAGUUUUGUUGGGAGAUAACUUCACAUAUAACUCUCCACGGAUGCAACCAUUUGAAUCUACAUGGAGAGUCAUACAAAUGGUACGUGAUGAAUUAAAGGCAUACUGGCCUGUUUUGAGCAGUAAGCUUCCGGAUAAUGUACCUUUGAGGAGUGCACCAUCGUAUAUCGAGCCAUACGCAUCCUCUGGUUCUGAGUCUGAUGUUGAAGAUGUUAGUGAGCUUCCUGAUGCUAUUUCAUCUGUCAAUGUUACUCAAGUUGUUGAUGAUGUUUUAAGUGAACACAUCACAAUGUUGAAACUUGACGAAGAUAACCUUGCGACGAAGAACACCUCAAGUGAUUCAGUUCAAGCCCAAGACGACGGACCUGUUGUGGCGGCUACAAGAAUAUAUGAUCUACUAUUUACUUGGAGAUCAGCAUUGUCAAAAGUUUAUGUUUGGUAUGCCAGCUUUGGUUCAAACAUGUGGAAACCAAGGUUCUUGUGCUACAUUGAAGGGGGGAAGGUUGAUGGUAUGAGUAUAUCAUGCUUUGGUUCACAUGACACAAGCCCACCAAGAGGUACCAUGUGGAAGACUGUGCCUCAUAGAUUGUUUUUUGGGAGAUCUUCUACCCCUUGCUGGGGUACCGGUGGUGUUGCUUUCCUCAACCCUGAGAUAAACUACAAUGAUGAGUCAUAUGUCUGCAUGUACAAAAUAACGCUUGAGCAGUUCAAUGAUGUAUUGUUUCAAGAGAACAGGUUAGUGAAGGAUAACAGCGAAGAUGGAAAACUUGAGUCUCCCAGCUCUCCUUUGAUUGGCUUGUCCGAAAUAGAGUCUGUCUCUUCAAACAAAGCUCUUCAUCUCGAACCUAUCAAGGAUAGCUGGUACUCCAAUGUACUUCACCUUGGAGAGGAGGACGGCCUUCCAAUCUUAACUAUGACAUGCCCCUCAACAGCUGUUGCGCAGCACAAAUCCGGUGAGCUGCCAUUAGCUCCUCCAUCUGAGACCUACUCAGCCACUCUGAUCAAGGGACUCGUGGAAGGGAAGCAGCUGGACACCCACGAGGCUGCCAACUACAUCUCCGCUGCUGCCGCAAGAAGCCUGUGAACUUGUGGAGGCUGCUUCACCGUGUGUUCUGUACAGCCAGUGGGAAGGAAGGAAUGAAGGGAUUGUGCUUAGUAGGCAUGUAAAAAUGUAGUUUGAUUCGGAACCAGGGGAGCCGUAGAGGCCUCAUUUUGUGCCACCAUUGGAUCUGACUAUGUUCAUCAGUAGGAUCGUUUGGAGUUUGCGCUGGUUUGACGACUACUCAGAAUAUUAAAUGUAUGAACUAGUUUGAGUAGCACAGAACCCAACUUGGGACUGAGUUGCCCCUGCA